CCUCUCCAUGACACUUGACAGGUGUCGGUGGGCGUGGUCUGGCAGUCGGUGUAGGAGCAGCAUGAGCAGGUUGUCGGGCUCCGGGGAGAGGUCCAAUGUGGAUCUUUUCCGGGAUCUCAGUGAUUGUAUGGAUGCACUGAAUCUGUUUCUGAACAAUCGUUUCAAUGAGAGUCUAGAACUUCUGCGACCAAGAUCCCAGGAGAGCAUGUAUCAUAGUCUGGUGUAUGGCACUAUAUUGGAGAUGCAAGCUAUGAUGACAUUUGAACCUGACGACAUUAUCGGAGCCGGGCAGACGAUGAAACAAGCACAGGAAAUAUGUCAACGGUUCAGAAAGAAAACAUCACUUAUUAAUAAAUCUGGAGCGGAAUCCUAUACAGAAGUUGAAAUGCAUGCAGAGGUUUGCUAUGCCGAGUGUUUAUUACAGAGAGCUGCUCUGAUUUUCCUGCAGGAUGAGAACAUGAUCAACUUCAUAAAAGGAGGGAUGAAGGUGCGGAACAGCUACCUGAUAUAUCGAGAUCUAAACACAAUUAUGCAGUCAGAUGCCUUCCAGAAGGGACAGUCCCAUGCACACCUACAAGGUGGUGUAUCUUUAGGUAUUGGAGCAUUUAACCUGACUUUGUCUCUCUUUCCUCCCCGGAUACUGAAGAUACUGGAAUUUGCUGGCUUCUCAGGAGACAAGGAAUACGGCCUGAGCCAGCUACACGAAGGUGCCGCAUCCUAUAACCUGCGUUCCCUGUUGUGCGUGAUGUUGCUGCUCUGCUACUACACCUUUCUGAGCUUCAUCCUAGGAACUGGAGAGGAAGACAUCACAGAAGCGGAUUCUCUUCUUCAGCCUUACCUCCGCCAAUACCCCAAGAGUGCGAUCUUCUUGUUCUUUGCUGGAAGAAUAGAGGAAAUUAAAGGCAAUGUUGAUGAGGCCAUCCACUGGUUUGAAGAUGGUUGUUCAGCUCAGCAGUCCUGGAAGCAGUUCCACCACAUGUGUUACUGGGAGCUCAUGUGGUGCUAUGCCUAUAAAGGGAUGUGGAAGGUGGCUUAUUUCUACGCAGAUCUUCUGAGUAAAGAAAACCGUUGGUCCAAGGCUAUGUAUGUGUACAUGAAGGCCGCUUUUCUCAGUAUGCUGCCUGUGGACGAGCCGCGACCAUUUGGAGAGAGUGAGAUAGAAUUGUUCAGACUGGUACCUACAUUGAAAAAGAAAAUAGCAGGAAAAUCGCCACCUACAGAAAAAUUUGCCAACAGGAAAGCGAGAAGAUACCAGUCCAAGGACCCUGUCCUGUUACCGGUUCCUGCACUGGAGAUGAUGUACCUAUGGAAUGGAUUUUCCGUACUUGGAAAAGACGCCAAGCUUACAGAAGACACUCUGAAUACACUUUGUGUGGCCGAGAACCAUCUUCUACAAGAGCCGGCCAACGAGUACACGGAGGACGACCACUGCUCCAUCCUUCUGCUGAAAGGUUUGUGUCUGAGACAUCGAGGGAGGUUGGCACAGGCUGAGCAAUGCUUCACUCACAUCAGCCAGAGCGAGAAGACGAUAAAAUAUGAUCAUCAUUUGGUUCCCAACUCCCUGCUGGAGCUGAGCCUCCUCUACAUACAGCAGCGCAGGGGGGAAGAUGCCAUUCCAGUUCUACGUCGUGCCAAGAACGACUACAAGAAUUACUCCAUGGAAUCCCGCACCCUCUUCAGGAUACAUGCAGCUUUGUCUAAGCUCAAAGCACCAGACUCCGAGGAUAACAGUGUAGACGGAGCCAGCCUCUCCUGACCACUUGUUGGGGGACUCACACUAAGCAUUUAGGAAUAAUGAUGAAUUGUGUCUGCAUAGUUUACCUGUGUAAUAUUUUAAUGCCUACUGGCCGGUAAGGCAAACAUUGUAUUAUUGUCACGCUUUCUUCUGGCCAUUCUGGGCAAAGUGAAAGGGUCGCUUAAAGCUGAAUUCUAGGUAUGGAAAUUUUACAUUAGUCCAGCUUGGACCAGUGAAGUAUCUAUGUGCCAAACCUGUAGGAUUGCCAUGGAAGCUGGAAAUCAGUGUAGUAGGCACCUGUUCCAAGUUUUCAAAGCAUUGGACAAGGUACGGGAUAACGUCACAAUCUCCACCUUGCCCAAUCAGAGAACAAUUUGCAUCCGUUGGGAAAUUGCAAAGUGUUCUCUAAAUGGUCCCGUAUUGAGUAAGAGACCUGUGUGCACAAUGCAGAAGCAAGGCCGCUUGGCACAGGACCUGGAAGGCAGAGGCAGUCACUGUAGUAGGGGUGCCUACUACAGUGAGUUCCAGCUUCCGUGGGAUAUGGCACAAAAAUUGCUAUAUACAGACUUUAGCUUUAAGAUUUAAUGAAUGUUGUAAUGUACAUUGGCUUAACAUGACACUGUCCUAAAAAGGAAUUGAAGAUGAACAGCACUGGAUAACAUGCCAUAGGGGUCCUGACUGAACAAGAGGAGUCGUCUUGCCUUAAAGCGGUGGUUCACCCUAAUGAAACAUUUUUUUUUUAUAGCAUUAAAUUAGGCAUAGUAGC